AUGUCCGACUCAAAAGCCGCUCUCCUCUCGCAAUCCGAACCCAUCGACCCCCCACCAGCCUACGAUGCAACAGACAACAAGCCACCAGCACGCACACCCCUCCCCCGCCCACCACCGCUCUCCCUCCCGGUGCUCAACGAGCUCCGCAGCAAGCGAGUCAUCCUCGCCUCCCAAUCCCCACGCCGCAGACAAAUCAUGUCCCACCUCGGCCUGCCUAAUCUAGAGAUCAUCCCGUCCAACGCAGAAGAGGAUUUCCCUAAGACAAUGGAGCCAUUUGAGUACGUGCUUGCCACGGCUACGAAGAAGGCGCAAGCGGUCUACGAACAGGAGAUCAUGAAUGAGGAGAAGGGCGAGCCGGCGCUGAUUCUCGCGGCGGACACCAUCGUCGUGGAUUCGGCUACUGGGACGAUUCUUGAGAAGCCGCGCUCCGAGGCGCAGCAUCUUGCCAUGUUGAAGUCGUUACGGGAUAACCGUGACCAUAAGGUGUUUACGGCCAUGGCGGCUAUGGCGCCGUUGGUUAGUGCGCGGCAGCCGGGGUAUGCGCUUGAGACGGCGCUGGAGGAGACGAGGGUGCGGUUUGAUGGGGAGGUUACGGAUGAGCUGAUCUUGGCUUAUGUGCGGACUAGGGAGGGGGCGGAUAAGGCUGGUGGGUAUGGGUUGCAGGGGUUGGGGUCGAUUUUGGUAGAGAGUAUCGAGGGGAGCUGGGAUAAUGUGGUGGGGUUGCCGUUGAAGUCGGCUUUGAAGUUGAUUGAGACGGUGGUUGAGAAGGCUGAUGAUGAUGAUCGGCUGUCGGGUGGUCUUGAGGAAGAACUGGAAGAGGAGAGCGAUUAG